AUGCCUAAGGAAAGGUUGCGCGCUUUUGAUGCUCGCAAAGCGGUGGUGGCGCUGGCGAAGGCACACGGAGGUACAAUAAACGGGGGACACACUCUAUGCGCAACUCCCUGCCGCGCCCUCCGGGGCCUACUCUUUCCGUCGCUCAGCGUAGGCGGCAUCACGAGACACCGCUUGUACCAUUGGGCUCGUUGCUUAUUCGGUGAGGAUAAAGCCAUCGGCAUGAAAGCGCAUGCCCGUACCUCCCAGGUUGAGCUCAUGCCACGCGACUCCCUCUUGACCUCAAGAUGGGCUUGGACAUUCAGAGAAGAAACUGGCGUGCGCUGUGACGUGCAGCACGCUCGGCAGGGGCCGCACUACGAGGCAAACUCUUUUGUGAAAGGCGAAGCCGGCUCUGUCUCUGUCGUGGGAGGGGGAAUCCUGCCUUUGGGCUUCCCCCCUGUUCCCCAUGUGUGUGGAGUCCACGAGCAUGGCGUGAGUCUCCGGUACUGA